AUGCGGUUUGGCAGUCAUUAUGUUAAAGAACAGUUUUUAGCACCAAGCAUCUCUGGCGAUAAGGUGUCCUGCCUUGGUGUCAGCGAACCUAGUGCAGGAUCUGAUGUGGCAAACAUAAAAACCACAGCAAAGCGGCAAGGGGACGAUUACAUUAUCAACGGUCAGAAGAUGUGGAUCACUAACGCAUAUCAGGCUGACUGGAUGUGUCUCUUGGCAAACACUUCUCAGGGUCAAGCGCACCGGAACAAAUCCCUCAUCUGUGUGCCCAUGGAUUCUCCAGGUAUCCAUUUGACAAAGAAAAUAGAUAAAAUGGGAAUGUUGUCAUCAGACACAGCACAGAUAUUCUUGGAGGAUGUUAGAGUACCUGUUGAAAACCUGAUUGGAGAAGAAGGAAUGGGGUUCACUUACCAGAUGCUGCAGUUCCAAGAGGAGCGUCUGGCUGGAGCUGUGAUGACUCUUUCACCAAUGCAAACUUGUAUACAGAGCACCAUUGAAUACACAAGGGAACGUAAAGCAUUUGGCCAGCCACUGCUCAAUAACCAGUGCAUUCACUUCCGCCUUGCUGAACUUGAGACAGAAGUUGAAUGCUUGAGGGCGUUGAUCUACCGAGCAACUGAUUUGUAUGUAGCUGGUGAUGACGUGACAAAAUUGGCUUCAAUGUGUAAACUAAAAGCUGGUCGCUUAGGAAGAGAAGUUACUGACUCUUGCCUUCAGUUCUGGGGUGGCAUGGGAUUCACAAAUGAGGUUCUUGUGAGUCGGUUUUACCGUGACCUGCGAUUGGUUUCCAUUGGUGGUGGAACGGAUGAAGUAAUGCUGGCCAUCAUUUGCAAGCUCAUGGGCACUCUUCCUCAGCUGCCCAUGAAGAAAUAAUAUA